CUCCGCCGCGCCGCUUCCCUCCCGCACCACCGCCAUUACGCAAAAUCCCACAGAAGCGGCAACACCCCUGAAAAAUCACCAAAAAUCCCCGCCAUCCUCUCGAAAACACCACCAAACACCACGGAGGCAUAGAAACACCACCUGGCUUUCCAAUAGGCCUAGGUGGGGCAGUGGAUGACCCGGGGUUGAGGAGAAAUCAGUGAAUUACGGCCGCCAUGUCGUAUGGAAGGGGUCCGCCGGAUAUUAAGGGCAUGACGUCCCUGAAAGUAGACAACCUUACUUACCGGACGACCCCUGAGGAUUUAAGGCGUUCCUUUGAGAAAUAUGGAGAAAUUGGGGACGUGUAUAUACCACGGGACAGGUUCAGCAGAGAGAGCCGUGGGUUUGCCUUCGUGAGGUACUAUGACCGCCGGGACGCAGAGGAUGCUAUGGAGGCGAUGGACGGGCGGCGGCUGGACGGGAGGGAGCUAAGAGUGCAAAUGGCUCGCUACGGCCGCCCUGAGACCCCGCCACACCGCCGCCGCCGCCGCUGCUCGGACAGCUCAAGGUCCAGGUCGCGCUCAAGGUCACGCCGUAGGAGCCGCCGCAGGUCAAGGUCACGCUCAAGGUCAAGAUCAAGGUCAAGGUCACGCCGCCGUCACUCAAGGUCAAGGAGCAACAGCAGGAGUCGUACACGUUCAAGAACUCGUUCAAAUUCUGGAAGCAAAUCAGUCUCUCCCAGCCACUCCCCCUCCACCGCCACCACCACCCACCACCACCACCACCACCCUCCACCCUCCUCCCCCUCUGCCCCUCCCGCACCUGAGAACGGCAUGGACUGUUCAUCGACGGGUCAGGAGAGAGAGAGAGGGAGAGGGAGAGGGAGAGAGAGUUCAAGGUCAAGAUCGCGUUCAAAAUCAAGGUCCAUGGAGUGAAGACUGAAGAAGCAAGAAGAAGAAGAAGAGGGAGAAG